AUGAAAGGUAGAAUUAUAUCUUUUUCAUUUUUCCUUUUCUGUAUGGUUCAUUUUGUAUUUUGUGAUGAAAAUACAUUCCCUAAAGAAAUAAUUGAAUAUGAAAAAGACUUGGAAUUAGCAAAAAUAAAAGAAAAAUUACAAAACUUAAAUGACAUAAUAGUAGACAAAUUGAUAGAAUCGUUUAAAGAUAAUGUUGAUGUAUUAAAUGUAAUAAUUCAAGAAUUAGAAAAAGAAAAAGAAAAUAAAUUGGCAAAGAAAGAAAGGGAAAUAAGCAAUAAUGAUUUUUUAAACAAUAAGAAUAUUAAUAAAUUUAAAGGACAAGGUUUUUUUACUUCUACAUGGAAACAAAUUAAAGGAAAUUCUGAAGACAAUUCGGAGAAUCAACAAAAAUCAUCAAAAAGUCAAUCGUUACAAUCAAAUGAACCAAAUAAAUUAAAUCAAGAAAAUAUAUCCCCAGUACAAACCACCAUAACAAAUACAAAUGUUGAUAAUACAAUAUCUGUAAUUACAUAUUUAGAUAAUGCUUAUGAUGAAGUUCUUAAAGAAAUGAAUUUAUCGAAAAAUUCAGAUAAUGAAAAAUAUCGUAGCAGGUUUGACAGCUUCAAACAAGGAUUUGAAAAUUUAAUCCUUAAUCAAAAUGAAUAUGAACUUAUUAAGAGACUUAUUCUUGCUUUUUCUAAUCAAGAAGAAUCAAGUACUGAUAAAAAAAAUCAUAUAGUAAAUAUGCUCAAAAAGGCUUUAGAAGAAGAGAAAUUUAGUGAUGAAUUUAAAAAUUUUAUUUAUGGUAUUUAUGCAUAUGCCAAGAAACAUAAUUAUUUAAGACUUCUAGAUUCUAAUAGGGACACAUAUAAAAAGGUUUUUGAAAAUGCAACCAACUUAUUAGAUACUUUACAAAUGAAUCUUAAGAGAGUUCCAUCACAAUAA